GCAGCAAAAGCUUCGACACAACUCAAUUUCCAUGGAUGGCCAUAAUUUAUGGGGUUCACUGCAACUAAAUACGAAUAAUAAAUAUCGCGCUGAUACUGAAACAUCACAACCACUACACUAA